AUGUCGGAAAUGAUAGCGGAUCUCCUCCACUCCCUAGCCCACGACUCCGACGACGCGGAUGGCGUAGCGCAGCUGGUCGUGACCGCCAUCGGAUCCUGCGGGCAACACUACGUCUGCUGGAAGACGAAUUCCGGCGAGUUCAAGCAACAAUCGAAUGACCUCCCCAAGGCGCUGCAGGAGUGGCUGUUCCCGGCCGACGGGAGCACGCGCGACUUCGAGACCCUGCAGGUGGUGCUGUCGGGCGACGACACCUUCUGGGCCUCGGAUCGCGACGGCGAGGUGCGCAGCGAGCAGCCGAGCUCGCAGCAGCAGCGGCUGCGGCGCGCGCUGACCGUCGGCGGCGAUAGCGUGUCGCCCACGGGGCGGCGGCGCGGGAGCAGGGCGCGCGAGCUCGCCGAGAGGGGGAUCGGCGGGUUCAUCGGCGACGCGGAGCGGCCGCGGGCGAGCACGGCGCCGUCGGCCUCUCCGCCGGCGGCGGCGGCGACAGGCGAGCGCCCCCACCCGACGCUCAGGACGACGGGGUCGCUGCUGCGGUCGGCGGCCGACCAGCACCAGGUGGUCAGCCCGAGCCACAGCCGCUCGGCGUCGGUCGACAAGCUGCGGCGCGUGGCCCUGGUGCCGCUCGCCGUCAGCCAGCAGCGGCGGUCGUGGGCCACGCGCCCGCGCAGCAUGGUCUACGGCGCCGGCGUCUACCACCACGAGGACCUCGGCGUGCUCAGGGAGCAGCCCAGCUCCCACCGCCCCGACCUCCCGCCUCCCAAGUCCGCCGCCGCCGCCCUGCCCCCCGGCUACCCGCAGCACCGCCCGCGCGCCAGCAACACCCCGCCCCGCGACGACGACCGUUGCACUUGCACCUGCCCGCACCACCACGGCCCCGCGCCGAGCGCGGCGCCGCCCGCGCGCUCGAGCUACGCGGACGCCAGCGUGCAGACCGACCCGACCCCGGAGGACGACGGCGGCGACGACGAGUACGCGGCGCCGCGGCGGCGCCAGCGGCACCAGCGGCACUCGACGGCGUCGUCGACCGGCAGCGUCGACUCGUUCCGCUCGAGCACCUUCAACAGCCAGCGCGCCAGCUUUGAGACCACGACGACGCGGCCCGACGACGCCCACGUCUACGCGAAGGGAGACCCCGACGCCGCGUACUACGAGGGCGGAUGGGGCUGGGCCCACCCGCAGCACAUGCAGUUCCAGCCGCCGCCGCCGCCGCCGCCGCAGGAGGUCUGGGUCCUGCCGCCGAAUCCCAUCAUCAUGGGCCGCAUGCAAGACUACUUCCGGUCCUCGGCGUACGUGCUGGGCGGCGCCCUAUCGUAA